UGCAACCCUGAUUUGCGGCAGCCAUCAUAAUUGGUCCGUUUGCUUUGUGGUCGACUCGUAAAUUUCAGUUUGAUUGCCUUGCUAAAGCGAAAUGUCAAAUAGCCGACUGUUUUAAGAGUUGGACGGAAUUCGUCUAAUCAGCUUUAGUUUUUAUUUAAUUUGUUAAAAAGAAACCAAAUAUGUGUAAUCGUGUACUUCCCAAAUCGCAUAUAGUGUUUUAGUUAUGUUUUUAUUCGUCGGGCACUUGUCGAAUUUGAAAAUGUUUGAAACUUUUCAGAACUAUUCUGGCAGAAUUUAAGUUUACUCUGCAAUGUUAGUGGAUGCUAUUUGUGUAUAUUUGUAAUUUUAAUUACGAUUUAUUUUGCCGGUGAUUUGUAUUUUGGAAAUAAUUGAUUUGUUCACGUUAAUAUAACAAAACUAAUGAGUGCGCUUCUUUUAGUGAUCUGAAAAUAAAUCCGCAUUAGUGUAAAAAUCCUAAACACAUAUAUAUUAAUACAAAUUCAUAUAUGUACAUGUAAGGCAUUUCCCAUUAAACAAAAGUAAGUGUGAAAGUAUUAUACAGAAUACAAGUGAGUGCUUCGAAAGUUUGUGAUUUUUUUGUGUUCUAUGUGUUCGUUCACACUGACUAAUUAUUAAGGCAGCUGUCAUACAUAGUACAAACCUGUGAAAAAUAAGAGCAGAAUGCUGUUAAAAAGAUACUAAAUUUUCAAUAAAUACUUAAAAAGGAAUUUUUAAAAGUUUUAUAAUCUGUGGAUGCCGACAAUUUCGAUCACUGCAUGAUUACUUAGAAUACAAAAUAAUUCAAAUUAGAAAACACAAUCCAUCACAUGAAUCCAUCCAAUUAGCGAUCAACAACGUCCACCACAAUUAGCGUUGGUCAACGAGGGAGCUCCACUAAAAACUACUAAAGGAACUCGUAACGCAAAAUCGAAAAGUCUAACUCCUGUGAACGAAAUUAUAAGCCAGCCAAGCAAAUAGCGACUGACAAACAUUUUUUUUGCUGAAAAAUUACUUACAUAAUUGUAGUAAAUAGCUUAGACCUAGACAUACAUAUGUACAUAGAUAUACAUAUAUUUUAGAGAAAACAGUUUGCUCAUACAUUGCCAUGGACAAUUGCAAUGCUUGAACGUUUUCGUUUGAGUAAUUUAGGUGCAAAUUGUCGUUUACGAAGUGAAGAACUGGCGCGCGAUAAGAAACAACAAAGGCAACAAUGUGUCACUGUCCUGCUUUUAGAUGACACAACGCACACCUUUCGGAUAGAGAAACGUGCUAAAGGAGCUGAAUUACUAGAUCAAGUCUUUCAAUUCUUAGAGCUAUCCGAAAGGGACUACUUUGGAUUGCUAUUUCCUCAGAAACCCGGUGAUGUUGUUCGAUGGGUGGAUGCGCAUAAGCAAUUCAAAAAGCAAUGUAAUAGCCUCGCUCUAGAAAAUGACGCCAUUCAAACGUUGGAAUUUAGAGUUAAGUUUUAUGUAAGUGACCCCAGUCGUUUGCAAGAGGAAUACACCCGGUAUCAGUUCUAUUUGCAAGUAAAACGGAAUAUUCUACUGGGAAGAUUGCCAUGCUCGGUCAACACGCAAUGUUUGCUUGCCAGCUAUACGGUCCAAUCCGAAUUAGGCGAUUUCAAUCCAGCCGAACAUCAGACUGGAUACUUGAGCGAUUUGCAACUGUUGGUCGAACAAACGCCAGAUGCCGAGCGAAAAAUAUCCGAAUUACAUAAAUUGCAUCGUGGCCAAUUGCCGGCUGAUGCGGAGUAUAAUUAUUUGGAACAUGCGAAACGGCUUGAUUUAUAUGGCAUCGAUUUACAUAAAGCUACGGACUCUAACGGUAAGGAACUUCAGUUGGGCGUAUCGGCGGUUGGGCUAUUAGUCUUCCAAAAUGGUUUGCGCAUAAAUACUUUUUCCUGGUCAAAAAUGGUGAAGGUUUCGUUCAAACGAAAAGACUUUUUUAUCCAAUUGCGUAGGGAACCGUCGGAAAGCUAUGACACUUUGCUGGGCUUUAGCAUGACCUCACAUAAGCAUGCGAAAGCUUUGUGGAAAUCUUGUGUGGAACAUCAUUCCUUUUUCCGUCUAAAACGACCGCAUCGACUACCACGUUUUCUAAAUAUCAGUCUGGGCUCGAAAUUCUAUUAUUCGGGCCGCACAGAGCUGCAGGCGGUGCAGGAGUCGAAGCAGCGCGGCGUUGUGCAUAAGGCAUUUAUACGUUCGCCGAGCAAACGACUGAUAACCGCUGGCUCUGCUGUUGCCACAUCACCGUUACCGUUAGGAUUGAUUAACGGUACCAGUGGUUCCGAUAGCAACGGAAGCGUGUCUCAUAACGGUAAAAUCACCUCGUCCGCACUAAUAAAUCAUACGUCCAUUUUGACCAUUACGAAAACGAGCCGUCCACACGACAAUAAAGUAACCUCGAAGCAGACUGAAACAAUGCCUCGUAAAGCUUGGGAACAACAGAGCGAUGAAUACGACAUACAGCUGGACACUGGAAUUAUAGCUAGACGAUUUGAAUCACCUAUACCGCCAGCGUACAGUUCCGGUAGUCAUAGCCCGAUAUUGAACUCAAAUAUCGCGCCAUCACAUAUGGGUCCAGCGAUUACGACUCUCAUAAAUGGAAAUUCGUCAACAGCAUUGGAUAGCGGCAGUGAUCUGGUUACCAUACGCUUACAGUGUGAUGAACAGGGUCGUUUUGGUUUUAAUGUUAAGGGUGGCAUAGAUCUCGGACUCCCUGUGCAGGUGUCCAAAGUGGUACCGAACACCCCAGCUGAUCGCUGCACGCCACGCGUCUGUGAAGGAGAUGAAGUCGUUAUGAUUAAUGGGCGUGAUGUUGUGGGUUUGCAACAUGACCAAGUAGUGACGAUGAUACGUGACAGUCGCAGUCAACGAGGUGGUGAACUUUUGCUCACUGUACGUCCAAAAGCAAUGCGCGCUAUAAUGUCGGAGGAGGAGCCAUUGUAUCAAUAUGUUCCAGAAAACGAUGAAAUCGGUUCACAUUCAAAUCUACUAGACGGCGAUGCAUUAUUUACGCAGAGCUUAUUGUUGUUGAGCGACGGUUUAGCAUCUGGUGCGCUUUUGGCACAAUACGAACUGAUGUAUCGCAAGAAUCCUGAAUUAGCGAUUACAGAGGCGCGAAAGCCUGAGAAUAUUGCUAAGAAUCGCUAUCGUGACAUAUCACCAUAUGACUGUACACGUGUUUCACUUGUAAAUUCGAUGACUGGCGAUUACAUCAACGCAAAUUAUGUGAACAUGGAAAUACCAGGCGGUGUAGUGAAUCGUUAUAUUGCCACACAAGGUCCUUUGGCCAACACCACAACCGAUUUUUGGCGGAUGGUGCAGCAGGAGAGCAGUCAUUUGAUUGUCAUGCUGACUACAGUUAUGGAGGCGGGACGCCAGAAAUGUCAUCAGUAUUGGCCAGUUACCGGCGAUGAAUUGCACUUGGGAGACGGUUUUUCGGUUAAGUGCCUCAGCGAGCAGGCGGACGAAACGGGCAGCUUUGUAUUUCGUGAAUUUGUUUUGUGCGACAAACGUACGGGUGAACAACGGCACAUUCAACACAUGCAAUAUUUGGCUUGGCCCGAUCAUUGCGUGCCCUCCGAUCCGAAUCUCUUUAUUGAGUUCACCGAGCGUGUACGUGUGGCACGUAACAAAACAUUGUUGCAGGAAAUCGAAGAGAGUCUAAAACAGGUGCGGCUACUAGACGCCGAUGCCGAUGAAAAUGGCGGAUUGAUGAGUGAACGCAAAUGUGCUGCCAGCAAUGGUGUUACGCCGGAAGAUGAGAACCCUGUUUCGACUAGUGUCCAUCAAUGCAUAAGUGCUGCAAAUCCACCUGUGAUAGUGCAUUGUUCAGCCGGUAUUGGACGCACUGGUGUGCUUAUAUUAAUGGACACGGCUUUGGCGCUAAUGGAAAUCAGAGAGCCUGUGUAUCCACUAGAUAUUGUGCGUACAAUGCGCGAUCAACGUGCCUGCAUGGUGCAAAAUGUGAGCCAAUAUCGUUUCGUGUGCGAAUGCAUUUGUGCUGCAUAUAUGAAAUUGUCACGCUCCAGUGCCGCCCUUGAUGAUAUUGACGACGAUUAACAAUAAUUAUUGAAAUAAUAGUUAAUAAAUAUUAUACCAUACGUGCAGACAUUUAUAUAGCAAUGUAUGCUGUUGAAAUAUUUUGCUCGUUUUACACACUUAUACUGCUUACGAGCAUAAAAGAACGAAGAACAACAUAUACUUUACUUAUACACAUACAAAAUAUAUUUUGUCCAACCAUUUAAUGUUUCAGAGAUAAGUCGCCCGCGUCCGUAAUAGAGUAGCGCGUGCGACCAACACUUACAAGCUCGCGCUGAUUUUUUGCUAUCCAUUUAUUUGUUUCUAUUGUAUAAAUAUAUCAUUAUGUUCUGCGCUUCAAAGCGACAAUUAAAUACAUAAGCUCGACCUUUCUUGUUUCACAUUAUCUAGUUUAUUAUUAAGUAAACGAUUCUUCGUAUGCAACGACCAAUGUGCAUUAUAAAUGCGCGGUUUUGUUAGCUACAUACAUACACACACACAUAAAUGUAUGUAUAUUCAUGUAGACCAUUUUUGAUUUGAUCAUAAGUAUGUUGGGUUAGUUCGUUGGAUCAUGUAGCGCACCAUCCAAAAAGUGGCUAUUCGUUCACAAUUUUAUUUAGUAUUUUAAAUUUAUAGCACUUCUGUCAUUUUUUCACUUCCCAGCUGCUUAUUGAUGCCUGCGUCUCACCCAUUUAUUUGUGUAAUGUAUUAUAUUAUUGGGCAAAUUACGAAAUAUGAAAGACAAUUGAAAGAAAAAAUGAAUUUACACGUAAGUGCUGCAACGCAAUUCUAAAUUUUAUUGUACCAUAUGUGAAUGCUAUAAAUGCGAUACAUGUAGGCAUAUGCGCAAUAUCAAUAUAUAAGUAAUAAAAAUUGUAAGACAAACUUAAUUUAAGACUUGACACCGCAUACAACCGAUUUGAUAUAUAAUACGCGUGUGCUAUUGCGAUAUUUGGUAAUUUAAUCAUUUAGAAAUAUUAACUCCAAAAUGUGUUUGGCGAAUAAACCCAUUAGGCAUAAUUUUACUCUAUUACGAAACUUAUCAAUUUAAUAGUAUUGUAGCACCAAAUAAAAUAUUUAUUGUACCCUCGUAUUCACAAUUAUGGCAAUUCAAUCAUGUCCAAGCGUGACUGAAUUUAUUUUAAUACAAAAGAUAAUAAAAAGUCCGCCUAGAUUGAA